UGAAGUCCUUGGUGGAAUUCCAGGGCAUUACGGUGAAAUGUAAAUAUUUGGUUUAUUAUUGUAGGAUGAAAUUGUUUUGGAACUGGGUUAAAAAAGAUUUAAACUUUUGAACUAGCUAGAAUUCGGUGCGGCCUUGUUAUAAUGGUGAACAGAGCUUCGGUAGUCAUUUUGAUCUUUUAUGUGUUUGGUAGAUAGAAAUGGGGAAAACUAACAUGGGUGUUGGUGGUUGCUAUAAAAAGAUAGUUGGACUGGUGGGUUGUUAUGUGAAUAUGGAUGAAGUUAGGAACUUGGCAUGUGCUUUUAUGGUUUUGGGUGCUAUUGAGUAGGAGCAUAUUGAGAGAAUGAGAGCAGAGCAGCGACAAUGGUGAGAGUUAGCGUGCUGAAUGAUGCUCUCAAGAGCAUGUACAAUGCAGAGAAACGUGGUAAGCGUCAGGUGAUGAUCAGGCCGUCAUCCAAAGUGAUCAUCAAGUUUCUUAUUGUCAUGCAAAAGCAUGGAUACAUUGGAGGGUUCGAGUAUGUUGACGACCACAGGUCUGGUAAAAUUGUGGUCGAACUGAAUGGAAGGCUUAACAAGUGUGGGGUCAUUAGUCCUCGUUUUGAUGUUGGUGUUAAGGAGAUUGAAGGUUGGACUGCCAAGUUGCUUCCUUCAAGACAGUUUAGAUAUAUCAUGCUCACCACUUCUGCUGGCAUCAUGGACCAUGAAGAGGCUAGAAGAAAGAAUGUUAUUUCUUCGAGAUGUUCCAUAUUAUGUUUGUAUGCUAUUUAUUUCUCCGUUUGUUGAAAUUUUCAUGCUUGCAACCAAGAUGCAUGACCUAUGUUUAUGCAGGCACAAGUGGGAGAUUGUCAGGCAGUGGUUCCAACCUGUAGAGGCUUCAAGGUUGAGAAGUAAAAUCUGGAAGUUACUCAAGGAAGAAUUUCAAAAUGCAUCCAAGUCUAACUGCUCUAAAGAAUCUUCUCCUUUGAGUGAUGCUUCUGAUGAAUGAAUUGACAAGUGGGAUCCUUUCUGAAUCUACACACAAUUGGUGCAUAUUGUCCGACCAGUCAAUCAGUUAAUCUGCCUUGAAAAUGAUCUUUUGAGUUUAGUAACUGGAAAAAUUAGUCUGAUUUCGAAUUUAUGAAAGACAGCUUUUUAAAAGAAGAAUUGUGCUAUCUGGAUCAAGAAGUUGAUAUUUCAGAUCUAACAGUUUCAGACUGUUGGAAAUGACUCCCUGACCAUAUUGAGGAGAAAAAACUUGUGAAUGGUGAAGAGGGUUGUCAGUUCAGAGGUAGAUAUCUCAAUGCACAUCAAUUACAACUGUUACAUGUGAAGAAUUGCAAAAGCUUGUCCAUCUUUCUCAUGGAUUUUGUUGUCAUGGAAGUAUUGAAAUUGUUUUAGGCUUUUAAAUUAGUUUUCAAGGGACUUGUACUUGUGAUCAUGAUCAGCAAGUGAUAAUAUGGAUUGUUUUUAGCAAUACAAUGUAUUUACUUUGAUACAAUUUCAAUUAUAUAGAAGUUUUAUUAUUAAUA